AUCUCAAAGCUUGUAAAGGCUGACAUCAACGGCAAAGAUAAGGAAAUCUACUCAAUUAAACUGCCUGGGAAUCCUAAACUUGGUGAAGGAAAACCGGAAAAUCAAAAUCAUGCAAUUAUCUUUACACGUGGAAAUGCAGUGCAAACAAUUGACAUGAAUCAGGAUAACUAUUUUGAAGAGGCUCUGAAGGUGAGAAAUCUUCUUGAGGAGUUCUUCCUUAAUCAUGGCAUUCAUCCCGCUACAAUUCUUGGUGUUAGGGAGCAUGUGUUUACUGGCAGUGUUUCUUCGUUGGCAUCCUUCAUGUCUAACCAAGAAGCAAGCUUUGUGACUAUGGGCCAGCGUGUUCUGGCAAAUCCUUUGAAAGUUCGUAUGCACUAUGGACAUCCAGAUGUCUUUGACAGAAUUUUCCAUAUUACUCGAGGUGGUAUCAGCAAAGCCUCGCGUGUGAUUAAUAUCAGUGAAGACAUCUAUGCAGGGUUUGGUUCAACUCUACGGCAGGGAAAUAUUACUCACCAUGAAUAUAUUCAGGUCGGCAAGGGACGAGAUGUCGGACUCAACCAGAUUGCAUUAUUUGAAGGCAAAGUUGCUGGUGGUAAUGGUGAACAAGUUCUCAGUAGAGAUGUUUACAGGCUCGGCCAGCUCUUUGAUUUCUUUAGAAUGUUAUCGUUCUACUUUACAACUGUCGGAUACUACUUCUGCACAAUGUUGACAGUGCUUAGUGUUUAUGCUUUUCUCUAUGGCAAGGCAUAUCUGGCGUUAUCUGGUGUUGGUGCCACUAUUGAGGAUAGAGCUAAUAUAUCAGACAAUGAUGCACUCAGUGCUGCUCUCAAUGCACAAUUUCUUUUUCAGAUUGGUGUCUUUACAGCGGUUCCUAUGAUUCUGGGUUUCAUUCUGGAACAAGGUUUCCUAAGGGCUGUUGUUAGUUUUGUCACUAUGCAGUUUCAGCUUUGCACUGUCUUCUUCACAUUCUCCCUGGGCACUAGGACACAUUACUUCGGUCGGACUAUCCUCCAUGGUGGUGCAAAAUAUCAUGCAACCGGUAGGGGGUUUGUCGUUAAACACAUCAAGUUUACUGAGAAUUACAGGCUUUACUCCCGCAGUCAUUUCGUAAAGGGCAUGGAAAUUGUGCUUCUGUUGGUGGUUUAUGCUGCUUAUGGCUACAAUGAUGGUGCUUUAUCCUACAUACUUCUCACUGUUAGCAGUUGGUUCUUAGCUGUUUCUUGGCUUUUUGCUCCAUAUUUGUUUAAUCCAGCGGGAUUUGAAUGGCAGAAGACAGUGGAGGACUUCCGUGACUGGACCAACUGGCUCCUUUAUAGAGGUGGAAUUGGUGUUAAAGGGGAAGAAAGUUGGGAAGCCUGGUGGGAUGAGGAACUGGCUCAUAUUCGAACCUUUGGAGGGAGGGUGAUGGAGACCAUUCUUAGCUUACGAUUUUUUAUAUUCCAAUAUGGCAUUGUCUACAAGUUAGAUGUUCAGGGAACAAAUACAUCUUUAACGGUGUAUGGUUUUUCAUGGAUUGCAUUUGCUGUCAUCUUAGUCCUCUUCAAGGUGUUCACUUUCAGCCAGAAAAUUUCAGUUAAUUUUCAGUUGCUGCUGCGUUUCGUCCAAGGCUUAUCGUUUUUGCUUGCCGUUGCUGGUUUAGCAGCCGCGAUUGUAGUUACUGAUCUUACUGUCACGGAUGUUUUCGCAUGCAUCUUAGCAUUCAUACCCACUGGCUGGGGAAUUCUCUCGAUUGCUACAGCAUGGAAGCCUCUAAUCAAGAAAAUGGGGAUGUGGAAGUCUUUCCGUUCAGUUGCUCGUUUGUACGAUGCUGGUAUGGGGAUGCUCAUCUUCAUCCCAAUUGCACUGUUUUCUUGGUUCCCCUUCAUUUCAACAUUUCAAACCCGGCUUAUGUUCAACCAAGCGUUCAGUCGAGGGCUGGAGAUAUCUCUCAUCCUUGCUGGAAACAAUCCGAACACUGGUUUAUAAUAUCUCAUAUUCCUCUGAUCUUGUACAGAGGAGUAGUUCAUAUUGUUGUAUCACUUUUAGGAGUUUUUGUUAGAGUAAGUUAUUAUUGAGCUGCGUCUUUUGUUCAUUUACAUACGUUGUAAAUUUAUUGUGUAUAGUUUUCAGAUAUGUUUAGCUAUACCAGAUGAAUGAUAUACAUUAGAUAAUGGUCUAGGAUUUUGUCAUUGACUAUUUUUGGCAUACCAUUAUAAAAUGAGUAGCAGAACUUUUUUCCA